AUGAAGAUAUUUUAUACUUUCCUGAUCAUAAUCUUCACUGUGUCUUGUGGUCCAUCAGUUCCACAGAGAAAAAUAAGAGAAGAUGAGAUAAGAAAACGAGAAUGUUACCUUGUUCGUGGUGCUUGCAAGACUGAAUGCAACAGUUGGGAAUAUAUCUAUAAUUACUGUGAUAAUGAGCCCUGCUGUGUGAUACGUGAAUACCAAAAGCCAGCAAAGAGAAAGGCUACUGAAAACUCUAGAAAACUGGUAAAUUAUUCUUCUAGUGCACUGUAA